AUGCUUUCAGCUGAAGUCACAGAAUGGGGUCAAACUCCCAAACCUAUCAAGACCGCCGCACCUAAAACCCCCGUUGACGACAGCGAGACCGAGAUUCGUGUCCUUGCUGCUGGUCUUCACCAACUUGUUCGCGCACGAGCAGCCGGCAAGCAUUACACUGCUACUGAGCUUCCCCACCGCCCCGGCGUCGAUGGCGUGGGCAUUAACGUGUCGACUGGCAAAAAGGUGUACUUUUCCCUGCUCGGUACCAAGGGGGGAAGUUAUGCUGAGACUGUGAAUGCGCCUACGCGCAGCAUCGUCGAGUUGCCUGAGGGUGUUGAUCCUGUUGUUGCGGCUGCUAUGGUCAAUCCUGUUAUGGCGAGUUGGAUGGCGCUGCGCAAGAGGGUGGAUCUCAAGAAUAAGGGAUUCAAGGUGUUUAUCAAUGGUGUAACCACCGCAAGUGGAAAAAUCGCUAUCAAAGUUGCUCGUCACCUUGGUGCUACGAGUGUCGUCGGUUCAGCACGCAACAAAGAAGCUCUGUCUAAGCUUGAUCUAGACGCCAGCGUUGUUCUCGCAGAUACACCCACAGAGACCGACUUUACCGCCGCAGCAGACGCAGAUAUCGUGCUGGACUUUUUAUACGGACCGUGGCCGAACGCGUUCCUGUUAAGUCCUACGACAGCAGCUGCUCAGAAUGCAAUUACGUGGAUUAACAUUGGAAGCAUGGCGGGUGACGGGGGUGAUAUUUCGGCCUUGGGGCUGCGGAGGAGGGAUGUCACGGUGCGGGGCUCCGGGCCGGGGUCGUGGGAUCCAAGAGAGCUGGGGGCUGAGACGGUGGGGAUGUUGAAGGUGCUUGUUGGUGUGGGGAGUGAUGGGUUGAAGAAGUAUAGGUUUGAGGAUGUUGAGAAGGGGUGGAACGAUAAGGGGCGGGAUAGAGUUGUGUUUGUGUUUGGGGAGGAGAGUGAGAAGUUGUGA